AGACGGUGAUGAUGAGAAGAUCAAAAUAUCUAGCUAACUUGUUACUCGUCCACGUAGGCAGUGACUCGGAGUCGAUAUUGCACUUUUUUCUUCACCUUUUCCAAAAAAGGGAAAAAUCGAAUUGGAAAAAACUAGGCUCUGCGAAUUUUCCGGUCUUCUUUCCGAUCUCUGAUCCGAAGUUUCACAUGUCGUUGUAGUUGAGCUUCAAUAGGAUCGUGUUGAUUUGAAACCCGUGAAGAAAUUUCUGAAAACGAAGAGAGUGUGGAAAAUGGGGAAGGAAGUUAGGAUGAGCGAUUACGGUGACGACGCCGGCGGCGAAGAACAGGAUAGGGUUCCGGAAUGGGAGAUUGGAUUACCCGACGGUGAUGAUUUGACUCCGUUGUCUCAAUCUCUAGUCCCUUCGAUUUUGGCGUUAGCUUUUAGCAUAAUCCCAGAACGGAGCCGUACGGUUCACGACGUCAAUCGCGCGUCGCAGAUCACGAUCUCUUCGUUGCGAAGCAGCAGUGCCAAUGGUUAUUCGGCGGAGGAGGUCGUGGAUCGAGUUGGAUCGAGUAGCCCUGGAUCAGAUCCGAAGAAACAGAAGAAAUCAGAUGGAGGUGAGGCUGCGGUUGAUUCCAUGGCGGAGGAGGAAGGUGAUUCCGGAACUGAAGAUCAUGCGUCUGGGAAGACAUUGAAACGACCGCGUUUAGUGUGGACGCCGCAGCUUCACAAGAGAUUCGUUGACGUUGUGGCUCACUUAGGGAUCAAAUCCGCAGUGCCCAAGACAAUUAUGCAGCUGAUGAACGUUGAAGGACUUAGUCGUGAGAACGUCGCGUCUCAUUUGCAGAAGUAUAGGCUUUACCUUAAACGGGUUCAAGGAUUGACAACGGAAGAAGGACCGUAUUCGUCGGAUCAGCUCUUCUCUUCAACGCCGGUGCCUCCACAGAGCUUUCAAGACGGCGGAGGAAGUAAUGGGAAAUUGGGGGUUACUUCGAUGAUUCAGAUGCCAGUCUAUGGGAAUCACAUGGGUAUGCAAGGACAAUAUCAUCAGCUUCGUAACCAUGGAAAUGAAUCAAACCAAUAUAUGAUGAUGCAGCAGAAUAGGUUUGGAACCAUGGUGAACUCUCCUUCUGUUGGUGGUGGUAACGUGAAUGACAAGUAAAUGGAUCCUAAAGGUCUGUAAUUUACUCUACAGACAAGGACAGAUAGGUGAGCUUUGUGUUCGUCCUGUUUAUCUUAAGUAUACUUUAGAACUUUUACACUAUUUGAGGAUUGUUUAUAACCUCUGUUCAUAAUAAGCUGUUGGCUAUUGUGCCCUUUGUUGCUUAAGGUAAUUUAAUAUCCUAAUUACAAACCAGAUUUGAUGUUUAACACACACUCA